UAUGUUUGUGAAAAACUUAACUUCAACUGCAUGGUGCAAGUCAAGCUGGAGAAACCCAGAUGUACUCCUGAGCAUGGACUGAGCAGAGAUCUGGCCCACCCCCACCUUUAAAAAGGUCUAAGACAGUGUUUAUUACUCAGUCAUAAUGAAGAGGCUCAUUACAUUUGCUGCCCUGUUUGCUGCCGUUCUCAGCAAGGAAGCCUUUCAUGGACAUCAGGUGUUCCGGAUUGUGCCAAAAGAUGACGUCCAGCUGUCUCUCAUCAAACUUUUGGAAGACAUGUUGGAGUUGGAGCUGGACUUCUGGAGAUGGGUGACACCUUUGGACGUCAGAGUUCCCUCUCACAGCUUGCAGGCGGUCAAGAGCUACCUGGAGAGACACAGCAUCAAGUACUACACCGUGAUUAAAGACCUACAGGCUUUGUUGGACGAGGAGCAAAAGCAGAUGAAGCUUGCCACUUAUGCCUGGAACACCGACAGCUUUGACUACAACAAUUACCACACUCUCAGUGACAUCUACAGUUUCCAGGACAUGCUGGUGGCCGAGAAGCCAAACUUGGUCAGCAAGAUAGUGAUCGGUCAGAGCUACGAGGGUCGUCCACUUAAUGUUCUCAAGUUCAGCACUGGUGGAAGCAACCGUCCGGCCAUCUGGAUCGACUGUGGAAUCCACGCCAGAGAGUGGGUCACUCACGCCAGUGGCAUCUUGUUUGCCAAGAAGAUUGUGACUGAUUAUGGACAGGAUACUGCUCUCACUGCCAUCCUCAACAAAAUGGACAUUUUCUUAGAGAUUGUGGUCAACCCUGAUGGAUACCAAUUCACCCACACUAAAAACCGAAUGUGGCGUAAGAACAGGAGACCAAACCCGGGCUUCAGGUGUGUUGGUGUAGACCUCAACAGAAACUGGAAUGCUGGGUUUGGAGGACAUGGUUCCAGCAACAACCCAUGCAAAAACACCUAUCAUGGAGUUAAGGCUCAUUCUGAGCCUGAAGUCAGGUCCAUUGUGAAGUUUGUGAGAUCACACGGUAACAUCAAGGCCUUCAUCUCCAUACAUUCCUACUCACAGAUGCUCUUGUACCCCUAUGGCUACACCAAGACUCUUGCCAAAGACCAGAAGGAGCUGGACCAAGUUGCUCAGCAGGCAGUUGCUGCUCUGACCUCCUUGUAUGGCACUCCCUACAGAUAUGGCAGCAUCAUCACCACUAUCUACCAGUCUAGUGGUGGUUCCAUUGACUGGACGUACAACCGGGGCAUCAAGUACUCCUACACCUUUGAACUGAGGGACACCGGCCACUUUGGUUUCCUCCUCCCUGCCAAGCAAAUCGGUCCAACCGCCAAUGAGACAUGGCUGGCUCUGAAGGUCAUCAUGCAUUACACCCUCGAGCACCUGUACUAAAAGAAAAGUAUCUGAAAGCAAAGACAUGUGGCUAUCCUGUUUUUGGCAGAUAUGCUUUUUGAAUAUCGCAUGCAAAAACAACAUGA